GACCUGUUAGCAGUGUUGGAGACGGCUCACUGUGUGGCCGAUCUGGUGGCAGUGACCUGGUGGCAGUGUUGGAGACGGCUCGCUGUGUGGCCGUGGCUCUCUCCCCCAUCACGCCCACGCUCUCUCGGAACAUUUAUAUGCAACUGGGCUUCACUGCUGAGCAGUUUUCUGCCAUGCAAUGGGUGCGUUCCAAACUGCACACAGUGCAUUGA